AUGCGUACCCGGCAGAAAUGCCUCGACUACCGAGUUCUGAAUGACGAGAGCGAUGGAGAGUCUUUGUCCGAGGGUCAAACCUACCAAUCAAGUGAAUUAAGCGAGUCGCUGAGUAAUCUCACACGUACUAUCCUAACCUGUCAAGAAGACGCGGUGAUCCUCGCCAACAUACCAGAUUGUGAGCUCCUACCUUCUGAGUCUGUGUCGCAAGUGCUAGUAUCCCAAGAAGGCUCAACAGAUGCUGGUUCUUCAAUCACAAGCCACGUAUCCUCUCGAUGCUCCAACCGGCCAGCGCCUGCUACAGAGUGGAUCUGGGGGUACUUCGAGACUACAGCUGUUGAUUGUCCAUGGGUUAUCAAGAGGACCAACAAGAGGCGGCUGGUCGACCGAAAGAUUUGCUACGAGAAAACGGGAACACGCUGUGACUGGCAUACGUCAGAUUCCCAGAGGCAAAAUACAACCAGCAACAUGAAAACCCACUUGGCAAAGCAUGGAAUUUACCGCCCGACCCUCAGUAUACAGCCAGCGAAGAAGGGACCAGACAUUCGGAGUUUUAUGGGUGGUAAACAGAGUCUCACCCAUCAAGAGGUCUUGGAAAGGAAUGCCAUUCGCUGGAUCGUGACUGAUAUGAAAGCCUUCACCACUGUCGAGUCUCCAGAGUUUCAGCAAAUGUUCCGAGACAUUCCUGGGAUUGAGCCUUCUUUCACUUCUCGCCACACCUUGCGGGAUCGAAUCAUGCAAGAGUUCGCCAUACAGCGCACUAACCUAAAGAAUGAGCUGGCUUUGACUUGCAAAACUAUUGUCUUAUCGCUGGAUAUCCGGACAAGCCAGAAUCAUCUUCCUAUUUUGGGGAUAAUUGGUCAUUGGCUGACUGAUGAAUUUGAGUACUGUUCAAGAAUAGUAUCCCUCAUCGACCUUCAAUCUAUUUCCGUUCUCCCUGCAUUUCUCCAGGCCCGAUGGCCAGUCUUUCUCAAACCCCCGCAGAACUACGAUUACAAGAAGGGGAUAUUUGAGGUGAAACUGCGCGAUGAUUUCGAUACCCUCGAUGAGGAUAACAAGAUACAUGCAAUGCGCGAGUGGUCCCAAGCAAAGUUGGCAAAGGCCGAUGAGAUCCCAACCUUGCUUGAGGAUAAACCAGCGCAUAGGGCUAUGAACGUACCCCGUGUCUUCCGAGAGUUAUUCCUUCGAUGCGGGGAAGUCUCCGAAAUUGGCGUUCUCCCGCUUCGUGCGUGCUUGAUAGAACUCUUUCAGAAUUGGUCGGACCUUGGAUUUUCUGGAGAAUGCCCUUUAUCUUUUACGCAGGAGCAGGUCGAUACGCACGAUCGGUAA